ACAGCAACACAGACGGAAUGGCUGGUUUGGAGGUUGAAGAUGAACUAUGACUUUAUGACGACAACAAAAUGUUCAGGGAGAUGGAGGACGAGAUAUGCCUCGGCUGUAAGGUGUCUUUCAGCGCAUCAUGCGCUGAAGCCCCUGGUUGCCAGUCUGGUCCUGCUGGUUGUGGUGAUAUAUGGUCUGGGCGACAAACUCAGAAACUUUGUGGCUUCCAUUUUUAUCCCUCAGUAUCGCUACCCGUAUCCUGUGGCCCUCAGCUUUGCCCAGGUUCUGGUGUCUCUCUUAUUCUUAAAUCUCCUGCAUGCCCUGGAUCUGGUGCAUCUAAGGAGUUAUUCAAGGUCCCUGGGUGAGAGGAUGCUGCCGUCUGCUAUCUGUAGCAGCAUUCAAGCAGUGCUGACCAUGUGGGCCAGAGCCAGCAGCUCAUCUUCCAACCUCUUCGUCCUCAUGGUGCUUCUGCUGCCCCUGGUGACUGUGGCCUUUAGUUUUGCCUUGAGGCUGGCAUCCCCACCAGCAAGCCACAUCACUGCUCUGACUUUCAUCAUCAGUGGGACCUCUGUGAUCAUCACAGCAUCUGAGGGUCUCUUAAGUAUUGUGCCUCUGGAGUAUAUAUAUGGACCUCUGGCUUUAAUCCUGCACAGCCUGUCUCUGACUUGGCUUGCUAAAGUGUCUGAGAUGGAGCGCAGCCACCCUCCAGAUUCCCAAGCCUCUGUUUUUGACAUCUACUAUACACAGCUGGUGAACCAGAGCUGGGUGUUGGGCCUCCUGUGGUGUCUGCACCCAGAGCGUCCCUGGCAUGUGUUGAGUCAGGCCAACUGGCGCAGCCUGCUCUUCCAUGGAUACCUGCUCGCUAUUCUCCUGCUGGGAAUGGUGCUGAGCUUCCUGGUCGGUGUAGUGGCUCUUUGUGUCUCACCCCUUGCUGCUGCACUGCUCCACUCAGCGAGGUACAUAGUUCAGCCAUUUUUUCAGCUUCUGUAAAGGACUAAAAGAUUUAGUAGGUCGUCUUGCAUUCCACUGACCCUAACCAAAGUGUUAUACCUGUAGAUACUAGCUUUAUUCAUCCCUUAUCAGUCAAUAUCCACUCACAUUACAAAGUUAUAAAAGACAAAAUGCAGGCUAUGGUGGCACACUAACGAUAUACGGUUAGUAAUUAUGUGUCAUCACAAGUUUUUAUCUUAUUCUUUUAAUAUGUUAUUAAGACGAUACAUGCCCUAGC